AUGAACGACUCUAUUCAAACUCCAAUAGAGGAACAACCAAAGAGAUCAUUCAAACAAGCCCUUAUAGCAACGAAAAUCAAUGAGAAAGCUUUUGACAACAACCUUGAGAGACUCUCAGAUGAUGAUUUUCUUACAGAUGAGGAAGAUAAUGACGCAAUGGAGGAAGAAGAUCAUAAUCAGUUUGUUGAUCUAGGGUUUCACGUUCCCAUAAUCAGGCUUCAUUCGCGUCUUAUCAAACACAUUCGUAGGCCAUGGAAAGACUGCCUAAUCGUCAGAUUGCUUGGGAAAACUCUAGGGUAUAAACUUCUUUUAUCCAAAUUGAGAAAGAUGUGGGGACUCCAAGAAGACUUUGAAGUAACUGAUCUGGGUUUGGGGUUUUUCUUGAUCAAAUUCGAAAUGAUGGUCGAUUGUAGCAGAGUGUAUACAGAGGGCCCUUGGAUUAUAAUGGAUCACUAUCUGACAGUAAGACGUUGGGAGCACGAUUUUAAGCCAUCAGAGGCAGGAGAAGUGGCCACGACACUAUGGGUCAGGUUUUCCCAGCUUCCAAUUGAGUACUAUAAUGAGAAGGCCCUCUUCCAUGUAGCAAAGGCGAUUGGGAAACCCCUUAAGGUAGAUCUUAAUACUGCCAUGUCUGCUCGAGGAAGGUAUGCACGCGUCUGUGUGGAAGUUGAUCUAACAAAGCCAUUAAUUUCGCGAUUUGCUAUAGGUAAAUAUACUUACAUAGUGGAAUAUGAGCGUUUAUACUAUUUUUGUUUCCAGUGUGGGAAAGUUGGACAUCGGAAAGAGUAUUGCAGUAGUAACAAACCAGUGCUGGAGUUGACGCCAACUACCUCAGUAGCCAUAGCUAACGGUCAUGGUGCUGGUUUAGAUCAAGUUCAAACGGCUAGUUCAUCAGGCAAACAAUCUAUUCCUGACAGAGGGUAG